AUGUCAACCUGGCCAGAAGACCCUGCGGAUCACAUCCGGCCUCAGAGUGAACAUGCUCGGCACAACUUCAAAGAGAAUAGUCCACAUCGCCAGCAAAGUGUCCGUUUCGCCAGGCAAGGAUUUUCCUCGAGACGGUCGCAAAGCCAAGACAACGAUUACUCCUCGGACACAGGCACCAUUCGACAUCGAAACAUUCUUAAGGAUGUGGGAAAUUGUCCCACGAGCCAGGCCUCUAGCAAGCCCGAACGCCCAUUCGUGAGCACCUACACCACCAACUACGUUCUUUCCUUGCCGACAGUCGAAUCAUUCGGAACACUAGACGAGUGUGCACCUCCUCCGACAUCCUACCAAAAGCUUCGCAAGUCUCGAUCCAUGUUCGCCGCUUCGAACCAGGCUCCGACGACCAAAUACGAUUUCAACGACUCACCGGAGCAACCGAACAUGCUGCCUGCGCUGCGGCGGCAGUCCAUGCAAGAUAUGAAGGAAAAUAGAUCUCCGACGAAAUCAUUUGGGCUUCGCGGACCGAAAUCGGCCAGCUUCCUGAGAGUGCGGGACGCCAUGAUAGGUGCUCGAACUAGCAGUCGGCAACAGAACGAUUUAGCGGUUCAGGACGCCGAAGACAAUUUUCGUAGAGACGUCGAAGACCAGCAAUAUCUGAAGCCACGAUCGUCGGUGUUCUUUUCAAAGUCAAAGAAAAGCCAGAGUUCGCUGGGUCUGCGCAAAUCCAUGAGAGAGUUCAGUUCUGAUGCUCACAUCCCCGGGUCUGCAAACACCAUGACCGCCAGCAAGGACGCCUCCCUGCGGAGGAAGGCGCGAAAGGUCUCCAAUAGCCUAAAGGCCAAGCUCAAGGAUAUCUUCAGGCGCAGCAAAAAGGGGGAGUUGACCAUCGUGGCAAACGAAACCAAGCCAGUAGACGUGGCUAAAAACCAAGAAAGCAUGGAGACCGAACAGGACGACCCAUAUAUGGAUAUCGUCGAUCCGGAUUUGACGGACGAGUGCUCGAUUUCGCGGCUCAGAGACUUCAUUCCCGUCAAGGAAGCAUAG